GGACAGAGGAGUUUGUGUCUAUUUGAAAGAGGAAGAAAAAAAUCGCAGGGAUACAAUGUGUGACAGUCACAGCCCUCCACAGCACAGGACACAGAGUGAGAAUGCAUCCUGAUGGACAGCAGCCUGAGUGGUGUGAAUACUGAUCAACACUGCUGACAACUGGAAGAGCAGGUGAAGAAAAAGCCUUAAAGGGGAAAGUUAAUAUGUUUGUAAAAACAUGUCCAGAAGUUCUCAUCCCAAAUCUGAUUGGAGAAUCAUCAAAAAAAACAAAGAAUAUCCAGUAGUUGACAGACUGAACUUCAUAACAAACCAGCUGAAAACCCAAAAAGAGAACAACAUUUAAACAUGGAGAAGCCUAGUUCCAUUUCUAAACUGUGAAGUAUGCAGAAAGCCAUACCAGGUCUGAUGCUCGGUCUCCUGACAAAUCACACAACUCCACAUGACACGUCUGACCAGUGGAGUACAACCAAGCCUACCCCUCCCAGCUUGAAGGAGGUCAUCCACUCGGAAUCCCAGAUAAAGGAUAUUGUCGGGCUAUUUUGCAUGGUAACCCUUAACCUUGCAGUCUUAUUGGGCAACAGUGGAGUUAUGGUAGCUAUUGCCCGAGCCCCUCAUAUGAGGAAAUAUAUUUUUGUGUGUCAUCUUUGUGCAGUUGACUUGCUUUGUGCUAUAUUGUUGAUGCCUCUUGGGAUAGUGUCAAGUUCCCCAUUCUUCAGCACUGUGGCAUUUACGGUUCUGGAAUGCCAGGUAUACAUCUUUCUAAAUGUGUUCCUCAUAUGUGCCUCUAUUCUUACUGUGACUGCAAUUAGUAUAGAGCGCUACUACUACAUUGUUCACCCUAUGCGCUAUGAGGUAAAGAUGACUCUAAACCUUGCACUUGCCGUUAUGGUCUUCAUUUGGGUGAAAUCAGUUCUGAUGGCUUUGGUUACGCUUCUUGGUUGGCCAGCAUAUGGGAACCAGAGCUCCAUUGCAGCAGCCCAUUGCUCUUUACACUGGAGCCACAGUCGCCUUAGGAAAGUUUUUGCUAUUCUCUUCUGUGUGUUUUUCUUCUUGGUCCCUGCCAUUGUGAUCUUCGCUGUAUAUUGCAAUGUGUACAAAGUUGCACGAACGGCUGCUUAUCAGCACGUCCAAAUGCCGUCCUGGACAGACAACCAAGCGAAGAGUCGCUCAGAUUCUAUCAACAGUCAGACCACUAUGAUAACCACCACCCGAAGCCUUCCCCAGAGAUUGUCUCUAGAGCGGGUCUUAGGGGGUGGAAAGGCGGCUAUCACCCUGGUUGUCAUUGUGGGCCAAUUUCUCAUAUGCUGGCUUCCAUAUUUCAGUUUCCACCUUCACAUGUCCAUCACUAACCCACUUCAGAGCCCUGGAGACAUUGAAGAGGCUGUCACUUGGCUAGCAUACUCCUCGUUUGCUGUGAAUCCUUUUUUCUAUGGUCUUCUGAACAGACAGAUCCGAGACGAACUCGUAAAACUAAGAAAAUGUUGCAUCAGUAGACCUGUAGAACUACGUGCCUCCAGUCAUGAAGGUUCCCUCCAGGAGAACUUCCUUCAGUUCCUGCAGAGGACCAGCAGCACUGCUGAGACCACAAGACCUAGUUGUGGCAAUUUCAGCCCGAGGAACACUGUGGACCAGGGUGCCAUGUUACCUGGCCAGAUCCCUGAUGAAUAAACAUAAACAAACAUGACACUACUGUGUGAAAAAAGUUUUGUGGUUUUAAUUAUAAGACUAUUAUGUGCAUGAAUCUAAACCCAAGACUUACAAAAAAAUCUAGUGUUUUGGCAAACUAGCCACAAAUUUGCCACUCAUUUCCAGCUCUUCACUGGUAUUGGUGAACCUGCAGCAAACCUUUGGCAACAAUGGGCAAUUUGUCAUCCUCAUUUGCAUGUGAAAAUGAUCAGUGGUGAAUUUGCGUAAAAUUUUUGUAAGGGAAAUUAAAAAAUCAAAUUCAUGCAAUGUUUAAACAUUAACUUUGUAAAAAUGCAUUAACUUUCCCAUGAAAAGCCAGUAGAAUGUAUCAUGCAAUAGAGCACAACAGUGCCCACCUACUUUUUCAGCCAUCUUGGUUCUGGAAGUAUUUUUCCCAUUUAUUUCUUCUAUGGGUGUUCAUAAAAGAGUUCUAAGCCAAGUACCAAACCAGUCAGCUCCAAAGUGAAUCACACCUUUAUAAACUUUGAUUGGAAGCAAAUUGAGUAGUUGAAAGUAUUUGAAAAUCGGACAUAAAAAAAAAUGUACAAAACUGAAUGUCUUUUAUGAGUGCAUGAACUACAAUUCCACUAUAAUCGAUUAAGUGCAAAUGGAGUAAUUAUGAAUAGGCCGUCACUGCAGAGCUGGUUUGGUGUGCUUUUUGGCCAUGAUUCUCUGAUUGGUAGAGCAUUUCUCUUCAACAUCAUGGGUAGUGUAGUUCUUCACCAGGAAUUCUGGAAUUCAUAUUUUCUUUUUUAAGUUGAAAUAGCUUGGACUGAUGGCCUCAACAGAAGCAUAUACCAUUGAUUUACAACCGCAAAGCUCAUGAUAGGGCUGUCUUUAAAGGUUUAUACUUUAUCGUAAAAAAAAAUUUGCCUUUAGAAUGAAUGGGAUUUUUACUUCCGGAACCCGAAUGUUGCUCUCUAUUACAAAACUGAAAAUCAGAUCUAACUGCUCUUUGGACUAUGCAGUGUCACCUUUUGUAAUCUACGUACCCAUAAUUUGUUGUUAUGGUUCCCAAUGCAUCAGUGACAACAGCAGAUACUCAAGAUAAGGUUAAAUAUCUUAUCAAUAUUUUCACCUUUCGUUAUAUAUUCAUUUAUUGCCACUUGAUAAAACAUUGAUUAUAAUUAAUAUUUACUCUGUGAUUACUCAUUUCAUAAUCAUCACCACUCAUUCAUACUCAGUAAUUACUAUUAUUGAAGUCUUAACAUUUGAAAAUGUGGUUUAAUGAUAACUUAAAAUUUGUUUUAUUGUAGAUUAAGUAGUUAAUGGUUCUCAUCAGUAUCUCACGCCAUUCCAUGAGUUACAUAAUCAGGCCUGAUUCAGUAUGCUGACAGCAAAAACCGUCUCCAUGUAACUAAGGGGGCUCUGAUGUUUCUUGCUAAUUCCAUGUUUCCUUGUAUCCAUGGAAAUGUGAUGAAACAGGGACUUGCAUAGCAACAAGGUGCCUUUGAGCAUUGUCCUAGCAGAUUGCUAAACUAUGAUAUAUUCCAAUUCCUAAACUCAUUUUUAUGACAAUCGUAGGAAGAAAUUACUUAUAGUUUGAGGUGUUCUGUAAGUUUUCAACAUACUUAAAAAAAAUAAUAAUAAUUCAAAGCAGCAGUACUCUGCAUAUCAUUAUCAUGCAAUGCAAGUAUUCACAAUGAGAUAACAUGGUGUGGUUUUAUGGUCUUUUCCCUUUUUGUAUACAAUUGUAACAAACAGAAGGAAAAAUUCCUUGGCUGUUUGUUGUCAGUGAAUAGCAACAAUUACCUUUUUACCAGUCUAUAUUGAAGACUAGCUUUUUUGUAUUAAUUAUGUAACUUGGGUAGAAUAUUUCAUGCAUUUGUUAGUACACAUUACCGGGUCCUUUGCUGGAGCAUGUAAAAGACUGUGGUGCUGUGGUGGAACUGGGUGUACAAA